AUUAUUUUAGCUCUCGUCGGUCCCCCAACAAAUGUUCGUGUAGAGGCUACAUCAAAUAGCUCGGCUGUGGUACAGUGGGACUUUGAAAAUGGACAGGUUGAUGGAUUUGUAGUGAAGUACAUGCAUGAGCCAGGAGGACGUUCAGAUACUGAGAGAUGGACGGCCCGUACUGUGAUGAGCCCCACGUCGCGACAUCUCGAAGUUCCUCAUCUGACAGCACACAAGCCUUAUGCGUUUUGUGUCCUGGCCAUCAAAAAUAAUCGUCAAGGAGCAUGUUCGGAUCCACCGACGUUACUUGAAAGACUCACUCCAACAUAUAUGGUGCAGAAUCUCGUAGUGGAAUGGAAAACGAGUAAUUCGGUUAAGCUGAGGUGGGACUACAACGGCCCGGUUCAUGUUGGAUUUUACCUGAAUCACACGGGAAAGAAAGAAUAUUUUGAUCACACGUUAGCGAUGAAAAGCAUGACCACCCCAGGAUUUAAACAUGAACUGGAUGAGGGCAGUCGAGAAUAUCUGUGGACCAAUCUUCGCCCGUACAUGCAAUAUACGUUCCAUGUGGGUGUACGUACUCUUCCGCCGGGCGCUCGACAAUAUUGGCCUAAAGAAGUCGUGAUUGUCACCGAUCCCACGGGCCCUCCGUUUGUUUUCCCACCCGAGUUGGAUGAGAUGAUCACGAAUGGAAUGGGUGGUCGACCUGGUCAGGUUGUGAUCAGAUUAAGACCUGCGUCCGAGGAAUAUGGUCCGAUAUCUCAUUAUUGGUUAAUCAUUGUUCCCGGCAAUUACUCUAAGGAUGAUGUGGUGAAUAUGGGCUCAGCAGAGUUGGAAGCGGCGACGAUUGCUCGACGAAAAGCUCUCGGAAAGCAGCUAAGUAUUUCGUCAACCAAAAAAGUGAAAAAAUCAACUACACAUGAGGAUCAUAAGUCGCCCAGUCAUUCUGUUCGAACGCGUCGAAGUGAAGUCCCUAUGACAGCGUACAUUCGCGGCUCGAAU